AGAACGGGGACACGAGCACCGUGUUCGAGCACAUGAAAGAGGGUUAAAAAGCAGGGUGAUCGAUUGGUCUCCUUACCCGCGGAGGACAGGACAAGAAGCAACGGGCUUCAAUUGCAGUCACCAUGUGUCCUAGGAGACCCCUUCCGGCCUGCUAUUGCGAUGAUAAUAAAUAAUGAUUGUCACUAAACCAGCCUCCAUUCUGCCGGUCCCUCCACUGCUGGCCAGUGUAUUGUCCCGCUGAUCUUGGAUUCAAAGUUCUGGCCACCUGAUCUUCUUGCAUUUAGCCUCUUAGGCUCGGCUAAAAGCCUCGCUGCAGAGUGGUGCUCAGAUGUUGGUGUUCUUAACAAUGUUGCUAGGCGAAUUCCCCACUUUUUCUUCCACAAAAAUAGUAGACGGCAGCACGGGAAGGAUCCGUCCUGAAACUGGCAGAGAUGGGGUGAAAAAUCUCUGCUCACCCAAAUCCAUCGAUUGCACCUAUCUUUCUAGCUGGGGCACAGAUUAUCCCAAUUCUUCCCCCGCUGUGACCUCCCGGAUGGAGAGAGGGGAAGAGCCAAGCGUCCCGGAUCUCCAGGGCUCCGAGGAAAGGGAGAUCUCAGGAGUGGAGCGGACAUCGCCAGAGGACAAACCUCUCCAGGACCCCAAGCUCGCUGGCCCCGAGUGGCCGUGGGAGAACCUUUCCUGGACCCAAGCGGGCCGCCCGCCCCGCCUUGAGCCCCCGUCCUCCUCUGCCCGGCCCCCUGCCCCGCCGCAGCGCAAGGGCGAGCGCCCCUACAUCUGCAACGAGUGCGGGAAGAGCUUCACCCAGUGGUCCAAGCUGGUGCGGCACCAGCGCAUCCACACGGGCGAGCGGCCCAACACCUGCACGGAGUGUGGGAAGAGCUUCACCCAGAGCUCCCACCUGGUCCAGCACCAGCGCACCCACACCGGCGAGAAGCCCUACCGCUGCUCCGAGUGCGGCAAGAGCUUCAGCUGGAGCUCCAACCUCAUCCAGCACCAGCGCACCCACACCGGUGAGAAGCCCUACCAGUGUGGGGAGUGCGGCAAAGCCUUCAGCCAGAGUACCAACCUCAUCAAGCACCAGCGCUCCCACACCGGCGAGAAGCCCUACCAGUGCAGCGACUGCAAGAAGAGCUUCUACCGCAGCUCCGACCUCAUCCAGCACCAGAUCACCCACACCGGCGAGCGGCCCUUCAAGUGCGCCCAGUGUGGCAAAGGCUUCACCCAGAGCGCCAACCUGGUCAAGCACCAGAAGAUCCACGCCGGGGAGAAGCCCUUCCGGUGCACUGAGUGUGGGAAGACGUUCAUCCAGAGCUCAGAGCUCAUCCAGCACCAGCGCACCCACACCGGUGAGAAGCCCUACGAAUGCCUGCAGUGCGGGAAGAGCUUCGGGCACAGCGCCACGCUGGUCAAGCACCAGCGGCUGCACAUGGGGGUGGAGCCCUACAAGUGCCCCACCUGCCACAAGACCUUCGGGCUCAGCUCAGCCCUGGCCCGCCACCAGCGCUGCCACACCGAGGAGCGGCCCUACGCCUGCGCCGAGUGCGGGCAGAGCUUUAGCCUCAGCUCCAACCUCACCCUGCACAUGCGGAUCCACCGGGGCGAGAAGCCCUACCGGUGCGGGGAGUGCGGGAAGAGCUUCGGCAUGAGCUCCACCCUGAUCCGGCAUCAGCGGAUCCACACCGGCGAGAAGCCCUAUCAGUGCGCCGAGUGCGGGAAGAGCUUCGUCCGCAGCUCCCACCUCAUCCAGCACCGCCGCACCCACACCGGCGAGAAGCCCUACCGCUGCGGGGAGUGCGGCAAAGCCUUCAGCCAGAGCUCCAACCUCAUCACCCACGAGCGCAUCCACAUGGAGGAGCGGCCCCACGUGUGCCACGAAUGUGGCCAGCGCUUCGCUGAGGAGGAGGCCCUGCGGCAGCAUCAGGAGGAAGGGCAUAGCGGCAGGGCGGGAGGCAGGGGGCUUGGGGAGAGCCGGGAGGCUUGCAUCUGCAAUGAUUGCGGGAAAAGCUUUGGAGAUAGCUCAGCGCUGGCCAAGCACCAGAUAACCCAUGUGUCUUGCAUCUGUAAUGACUGCGGGGAAAGCUUUGGAGAUAGCUCAGCAUUGGCCAAGCACCAGGAGAUCCAUUCAUCUUGCAUCUGCGACGAUUGUGGACAAAGCUUUGGAGAUAGCUUAGCGUUGGCCAAGCACCAGAUAACCCAUGUCUCUUGCAUCUGUAAUGACUGCGGGGAAAGCUUUGGAGAUAGCUCAGCAUUGGCCAAGCACCAGGAGAUCCAUUCAUCUUGCAUCUGCGAUGAUUGUGGACAAAGCUUUGGAGAUAGCUUAGCGUUGGCCAAGCACCAGAUAACCCAUGUCUCUUGCAUCUGUAAUGACUGCGGGGAAAGCUUUGGAGAUAGCUCAGCAUUGGCCAAGCACCAGGAGAUCCAUUCAUCUUGCAUCUGCGAUGACUGUGGGCAAAGCUUUGGAGAUAGCUUCGCGCUGGCUGAGCACCGGGAGAUCCAUGCCCCAUGCAUCUGCCCAGAGUGCGGACAGAGCUGUAAGGACAGUGCUGCCCUGACCCGGCACCAGAUCACCCACAUGCGUGAAAAGCUUUACAAGUGCCCCGACUGCGGGCAAAGCUUUGGUGACAUCUCUGCCCUCACUCAGCACCAGAGGAAUCACAUCAGGGAGAAGCUGAGGUGCCCCGACUGUGGGCAGGGGCUUGGGGUGAGCUCGGCUCCGGCCCCAUCCAAGCCCUUCCAUGAGUGCUCGGCGGCCAGUGCCCACGAAAGAAGCCACGCCGAGGGGGAGCCCGUCUGUGACAGCUCAGAGCUUGGUGUCCACGAAAAAGGUCACCCCAGGGCAGAACCGUCCCACGCGGCUCCAGGCGUCCACAAAAGAAGCCGGGCCGCGGCAGAUCCCUUCCUCGAUGGCUCAGCCAGCGGUGGCCGCCCCAGCUCGGGUGAAAUGGCCAGCCUUAUCCAGCGCCCGGCCACUGAACCCUACAAGUGCCACGACUGCGGCCAGAGCUUUGCUGAGGGCUCGGGUCUCUCCCGCCACCUGGCCUCCCACCCCAAGCCCUUCCGGUGCCCGCAGUGUGGGCGCGGCUUCCCGGACGCGGCAGCCCUGGCCCAGCACCGGGAGGUCCACGCUGGAGGGGAGCCGGCUGGGCUUGGGGAGAAGAGCCGCAAGAGCUGUGCCGAGAUCUCUGCCAUCCUCUUGCGCCAGGGAAACCACGUGGCUGGGCGCGGCCCACGGAGGCACGCGGCAGACGGCUCCCUUCCUCCCAGCGGCUCAGCCCUGGCUCGGCCACGCCUCCAGCCCUCGGGCCGCGGCCCAGCCACGGCCGCCCGCCGGGACGGGAGGAUGUCUCUGGCGCGUCCAGAAUGUGGCAAAGGCUCCCAGGGGGGCUCUGUGCUCCUACAACACCUCCAGAACCACGUGGGGGACAGGGUGUGAAGCCCCUGAGGCCACCCGGCCACUUGAUUACACGUGUCUUUCAUCUCCUGGCCCGGGAGGAACUCAGCUGGGAACUUUCCCUCGAACUGUAGCGGCUGGGAUUUGAGAGCUGAUCCAGGGAUUGUUUUCGCCCCAGUCUCUGCUUAGCCAGGGGAACUACCUGCAACUACAUGACAGCAGAGCCUAGAAUUAAAAAUAAACUAAAUUAAGGAUGUAACAUUGCGAAGGAUAAUGCGGGCAUUCAAAGGUAUGACUGUCAAUAGGACUUUUGGAAUAACUAGAGCUGGGAGACAUUUUUCUGCCAAAAAUUUUUGGGGGGUGAAACAUGCAGAUUCCGUGAAGCCGUUUGCUGUUCCUUGUCUGUUUCAGCAGAUGGUUUCGGUUGGAAAAAACCCUAAAAUCGAUCCCAAGAAAGGGAAAAUAUUUCACAGUUCUGAUUGCAGCUUGUUUCAAAACCUCCCUCGGUUUGAUUGAAAUGACAACUCAAAAGCGUUAAAAAACGACAAAAAACCAAGGCUCAGAAGCAAAACAAAACAUUUUGUUUUACCCCAGAUGGGAUUUUUUCAAUUUUUGAUUUGCUGAAAAUUUCAUAAACAUUCAAUUUUGACCCAAAACCUGAAUUUUUGUUCCCCUCCAAUUUUUCAGACCUGCCAGGGAACCAAAAACUCCAUUAUUCACCCUAAAAUAAGCAAUAGUUGGAGGGGAGGGAAGGGAAAUGAAAUCCACCCUACUCUGGGGUCUGAACUCUUGGGGCUUGAGUGGGAUCUUCCUUUCCCUGGGGGCAAGUUAUUCCAGAACUGGCCACCAGGGAGAGAGAGGGUUGAUCUGCCUUUCUCUGAAGCAGCUGGGACGGUCACUGGUAGAGGUGGGAUACCAGAGUGGAUGGGCCCACUGCUCUGUUCUGAGGCAGCUGUUCCUUUGUUCCCCACUGUGUGAUUCUGCCAGCUAUGGAAGAGGACCCAUGAAAUCUACUGUUGCUCCUGCUCUGGACUGGGCGGAGAUGCCAUGGGGAGGACCGGAUGUUAAAAUCAAGGAUCGGGUCCCUUUAAAAGCAAGCAGGGUGCUUGCUACACACUGGAUCCUUGUUCCUUUCACACUCCACUGUACACUGGGUUGCAAGCCCUUUUCUGUGUCUGCGCAGUGGCUAAGCACUGGGGAUGCUAGUGGGGUCUUAGGCCAUGCUUGGUGCUCAGAGAUGCUACCACAAUCGGGAUAAUAAAUAUCGUUAAUUUACAACCUUUUUAGUGCCUAGAGAUGAUGUCAGAACCAAUAUAUUCCCUUCGAAAGAGAUCAGGGUUGUAUUUCUGCUUUAAAAUAUUUGAAUCAGUUUUGGAGGCUGUUAGUGAAAUGGGAUGGAAAUUCCACACCUCCUGCAUUUCUGUGGUAGAAUUUUUGUUCUACUCCCCAACCCCAGUGAAAUUUGAAAUUGUAAUGAAUUUUUUUGUUUGGUUGAAAACUUUCAUUGAAAUACUGGGACGUGUUGAGAAAUGCAGAUAGAAAGUAUUCAGAGAGAUUCAGAAUUCUGCUGGAAAAUAUCAAAAUUCAAAAUGUCGACAGAAAAUGUUUUGUUGAAAUUGGAAACGGAUGCAAAACUUCAUUGGAAUUUCAAAGUGUGAUUUGAGGAAAAAUGUCAGUGAGAUUUGCCAUCAUGGGAGACAAUAUCAAAAUUGUAAUGUCAGUGAAAAUGCGGUGGUGAAAUUUGAAAUUGAUGAAAAAUGUCAUUGGAAUUUUCAUUUUUGUAGGGGGAAAAUUUCAAUGAGUCUCAAAAUUCUGAUGGAAAAUAUCCAAAUUAGUAGUGCCACUGGAAUUUCUGGGUUGAAAUGCUUGUGAUAUUUUGAGGAGGAAUUUUGUUGGUGCUCAAAAUUAGAGAUGGAAAAUAGCAAAAAUUGAAAUGCGGCUGAAAAGUUUUCACUGAAACUUGAUAUUUUAAUGCACAUUUUCAUCGAUAUUUGAGGCAUCUUUGAGAAUGUUGGAAUUAAAUUUUAGAGAGAUGAAAUUUUGAUGAAAAAUGUCCCAAUUUGAAAUGUCAGUGAAAAAACCUUUUUUAAAAUUUGAAA